ACUGGUGCCUCUCUAAACAGCACAGCGCUAGAGGGAAAGUUGCACGGAACUCCACAGGACGAACUGAUAAAGACUGCUUUCCUUGCUAAUCGUCUUAGCGGUCGAGGCAAUAAUAGUGACUUGUUGUUGGACAUGAAACCAAACCCGAUUCCCAAUCGUCACUUUUCAGGAAGUCGGCCAGUUCUUGAUGCUGACGGGUUUAACCCGUCAAAUAAUGAAUCAAAAGUUCACGAUCAUCUCAACCACUUCCCACCGAUCUCUUCGCGACAUUUAACAUCCGAAGAAGGAGUAGGUAUUGGAUUCCCAAGCGACGGCUCUUCGAAUCUUCCUCUGUCCUCUUUCUAUCCUCUUUCGGAUGAUCCAAACGCUAAAAGUAGUGAAUCAGAUAAUUUCGCUGCGAACAAUUGGCUAGUCAAUCCGCCGGCGCCAAGUGAGUCCGGUGCUCAUUUGCGAACAGGACGUGCGCAUGAAAUCAAGGUAAAAGUGAUGCCCGAACGUGCAAUGACUACAUCUUACAUGGACCAGGCUCUUCGACAAUGA